AUGUCUUGGCAAGCAUACGUUGACACUAGCCUCGUCGGCACCGGCAAUGUCGACAAGGCCGCUAUCUUCAACUCCGAGGGCAACAGCGUCUGGGCCGCCUCCGCCGGCUUCACCGUUUCUCCCAACGAGAUGACCGAGAUCGUGAACGCGUACAAGGACAAGGGCGAUGCCAACGGCAUCAAGUCGGUCCAGACCACCGGUCUUCACGUUGCCGGUGAGCGCUUCGUCGUCCUGAAGGCUGACGAGCGGAGUCUUUACGGCAAGAAGGGCAAGGAGGGCAUCAUCAUCGUCAAGACUACCCAGGCCAUCCUCGUCACCCACUACCCCGAGACCAUCCAGCCCGGCGCCGCCGCCAACACCGUCGAGCAGCUUGCCGACUACCUGGUCGGUGUCGGAUACUAA